GCAGUGCACCAACUGAAUAAAGGAGGCAGAUGUCUAAAAGCUUCCUUUCCAAUCAUCUCUGUUCAUUUUUGAAAAAGCAGCCUACAAUCAGCUCUCUGAAUUCUAAAGAAAUGGAAGCAUGAGUGUUUUAGUGAUUAAAAGUUAGUUGGUUUGUUGACUGCGGUGUUGUGCAAACAUUUUAAACCAUCCCUGGUUUAAGUACUCCUCCUACCUUCCACCCAGGUUCUCUCCACAUUACGUUAGAAAAUGCUUUUCAGAAUUAGCAUUUUCACUCAUGCUGUGCCUGUUUUGUGCACUUUAACCAUCAGGGGAAUGUCGUGGAGUCCGUUCUUGAAAUUUUAGAAAAGCAAAGAACAAAUGGACUGUCAGAACUCCAGCACCAUCUGAAAGUGGUGUUUUUAGGAAACAAAGAAAUACCUGACUGGACAUGAGAGAUGCACCAUUGAGAUGAUCGACUUUUUUGUCAAGUUUUCAGAUAAAAGCACUUUGAGAAUGAAAUCCUGCAUUCUCUCAGUAAAGCCUUGUUCAGCGCCUUGGCCUUCCCGACAGGGUCGCGGAAGGCGCUUUAUAAAUAAAGCUUUCAUUGAUUGAUUGAUUGAUAAAUGACGUAUUUUCGAAAGAUUUAUCUGUAGAAACAGGAGUAAAUUGUAUGUUUGUGACAAGCAGCAGUUGAAAAUAUGUUUCAGGAGAAUUAGGAAAUUAGAGGUGGUCUAUAACUUUUGCACGUCAUUCUAGGUCUUUGUGCAGUGAAAGUCUGUGGUUGGUUUGUUCUGCAGGGCCCGACCGUGCCUGAGAAAGUGUGCAGCCAUGGGCUGUGGUCUGCGUAAGAUGAGGCCGGUGUCGGAGGACAGCAGCCCAGGGAAGAUUUACUCCACCCUGAAGAGACCACAGGUAGAAACCAAGGUGGGCGUGGCCUACACAUACCGCUAUCUGGACUUCCUGAUAGGAAAAGAUGGUGGAACCUCAACGCUCCGACUCUCGUCAGUUAGAGAGCUGCCCGAUCAGCUGCAGGAACUCUACCAGCAGGGUUUUGUCCUGGCAGCCGUUCAUCCGUUCAUCCACCCCUGUGGUCCAGAGUCCAACAGCCCCCAGCACCAGCUCUACCGGGCCAUACUGAUCCGGAUCAGUGAAGGGGUGGAAAGGAACCAGCCACUCUGUCCACCGUAUAAGCUACAGCUGGAAGAGUGCCUAUCUGCUGAGCAGGUGCCCACCCCCGAGCUCAUUCAGGGCUACGUUAAGAAGCAAAUCCAGGAUGCUGCAGACCAGGGUGUGCUGUUUGUGGGAUUUGUCCAGGAACCUUAUGGAGCCCCAUGCACCCAGAUCAGAGAACCAGAGACCCCCUCCCUCUCCCUGCACUCCAGUCCCAGUUCUGUGCUCAGGUCCCUGUGCAGCAGCAGCCCCUCCAACCCCUCAAGCCCCCAAAACCACCCAGAACCCAGAGCUCGGGCCGACUGGGUGGAUAAAGAGGGGAACGACAAAGCCUCGCAGCCAAACAGGGAGAAGAACCAGAACCACCACUCAGGGUGUGAGGUGGGAGUCAACGGGGUUGGUGACUCACCUGCUACAUCGCCGGUGUCAGAGGGAGACCUGGACAACAGCGAGGAUCUGACAGAGGAGGCGUCGCCGUCCCACAAGGACAUCAGCAAAGAGACCAAGCAGAGGCAGAGAUAUCGGAGAGGUGAUGGUGUGGAACUGCUGGCUUUGUACAACCACCCACCGGUCCGAGAGGGCCAGGUGAAGUACUACACCAUCAAGGUUCCUCUGCGGGUUCAGAACCAUGACGAGGGCAUCAAAGAGGUGGAGGCCAACUGGUUGGAUCACAUGACUCAACACUUCAACAACGGGGCCUCGCUGGUGGAUGGAUACUUCCACCUGGGCAACGUGAAUGAUUUGUUGCCCAAAUCGGUGGAAAGUGUUUUUGUCUUCCAAGAGGCGAGCGAGGCUGAGCCGACCGUGGUGACAGCGACAUAUGACGCUAUCGUAGUGGAGCAGUGGACCAUCAUUGAUGGUUUACAGGUCAAGGCUGAUUAUGUUCCUCUGCUUCAGUCUCUGGCCACGUAUGGAUGGAGACUCACCUGUGUGCUGCCAACUCCUGUAAUCAAGACUAACAGCGAUGGAAGUCUGUCCACCAAACAGGUCGUUUUCCUGCAGAGGCCCGUCCUCACCCGUAAGAAGAAGGAAUCAAAGAAAUUAAUCUUCAAGCCCCGAAGCAAGUCCAACAAGAACUGCAUCAAAGAGACGGCGAAGAACAAGAAGAAAAAGUCGAUAAUUGAGAAGGAAUCCGAAGAUUCCAAGAUUCUAGAUGACAGAGAAAAGAAAAGUGACAAGAGUGUGGCUGAAAGGGCGAACACGGUGCAGGUGGAGGCAGCGAGUCAAGGGGAGAAAGGCAAGAAGAGGUGUGAGGAAGAUAAAAAGAUCGGCGAAGCGAUUGAAAUUGGAAACGAGGGUGUCGCAAAGAAAGAUGGGGAAGCCGAAAGUGAUGGCAAAGAAGCAAAAAGCUGCACCAGACAGGAAGAAAGGAUGACUCCAGAAGAGGGAGGAGAAGAAACCAGAGAUGCUUUGGGGAACGGGGAGAUCAAGGAGGUCACUGAAACCGUCGUAACUGUCGAGACUCCGAGUGAGACCAAAGAAAGGGAGCCGGAGGGUGCUGCCGGAGUUCAGAGAGUGAUAGAAAAUGGGAUAGAGACGGACGAAGAGAAAGACGAAGGUGAAGAGGAUAAAAUCAAAACAGAAGAACCGUUGGAGGUGAAGGUUAUCGCCAAGGAGACAGUGGCAGAUCCACAGGCCCCGAAUCAAAGCCCAGCGGCAGCUCAAGAGUAGCACCAAGCAGUUCAAGUCACGGUUGUUCCCCACGCCCUACCUCGGAAAUUCCCCGUCUUAAGAACUGGCUCACAGUUUUGUCCCUAAUCCAAAUUCAAAGGGGAUAUAAUCCCUAAUGCUGCAGCAUCUCCUAAACCCGCCCAUCUCUCACUGACAAAACCUGCAAGAGUGUAGCUGUCGCUACGAGCAUCAGUCCUACUGUAAAACCACACUUACUGAAUGUAUCCGAUACAGCUGGUGGGCUGUCCUGCACGGAGUCACUGGAUUAUUGGAAGACUGGGAUUGCAGAGUAAUGAAGCCUUGAAGGGCCUGGUCAGAAACCUCUGAGGAGAGAAAAUGUGCAGAUUUCACUUGAUGCCAUAAAGACAGCACAUCCUACUAAUUUAUUGACCUUUAGUGGAUGAGCUGAAGCUCCUGUCCCGUUCUCGUCGGCACAGAGUUUAGGUUUUUAAUCCUAAAACAGCUGAUUGAUGUGUUAACUCCAUACUUAUGCCGGGCUUAGUCCAGAUCCUGAAAAUGUAUUAGAUCAGAGCUGUUUUGCCAUCUUUGUGACCCGUCUUUUCAGAUUUUUCCCUUGGUUCUGGUGUGGGCCCAGGCCUUUAGGGAGCUGUUGGAAAUUGGGAGAUAACAAAGAACUUUUCCGAUCACUUCUACUCAGAAACAGCGUCGACUUGUUUCAGAGAAACCUUGGCAAAGCAGACUCGCCACGUCCACCUGAACGGUAAAGGUCCCUAAAAGCUUCCUGCCAGGCCUGGGUCAUCUUUCCCCGCUCUUCUCUCAAUCCAGAUGCAGCAGGAAUUCAAAGGUGACUCCUGGUGGAGGGGACGGGAACGGCGUUUGUUGCGAAAGGCAAUCCAAAGUAGACUGAGGAGAUGACUGUUUACGCUUGAGCUCUAAGCCAUCAAGUGCUUCAGAGAGAGACGAUAAUCGCUCUUCGGUGUCGUGCGCUUAGCCCAUCUUGCACACAGAAUGUUCCAUAUUCAACACAAAGUUAGAUGAGAACGGGAAAGUCAGUUAAAGGUUUGCACCUGAAGAGCAGAACUAACACUUAGACUAACCCAGUUAGCUCUAGGAGCAGGACGGAGGAUUCAUUCCUGCUCCGGAGGCUGUAGACAAAAGCACUUGUUCCUGUUUAAAACCAGCCGUGUGGUCGGGCCGCGGCUUGAACCCAGAGGAGACGAGGACAGCGAGUGAGAGACGAAGCAGGAGGUAGAAGUCACGGAGCACGAGUGAGUCGAAUAAAGGAAAUGAAUCGGCUCGUUCAAAGCGUUCCCCGCGGAGAUUUCUUUCAUCAUUUCACCUCCAGCUCUUUAAGCGCCUCUUUCUAGACACCAUUUCCGACAUUAAACAAGUCGUAAUGUGCUGUUUCAUGGCUCUGUGUGGCUUCCUGUUUGAGAGCUGGAACAGAGAGAGGGUCACUGCGUGGAGCUCUCUGCAGCUCACUAAUGGACUCUUAUCUGCACGGGAGCUGUCAGUAAUCAUGCAUUUAUAAUGGGGUCACUUGUUAGGGGAGUUAUUGACAACAAAACACCUCAACGUGAUGUCACAGGGAACUGUUUGCACCGAAGACGCCGAGUUUAUGUCUGGCCUGGACACAAAACAGGUCCGAUAACGCUUUCAGUCCAUGAGAACUACCCGCUGUCUCGUUAUAGUUUGACACACUUUGUCUUAUUUUCCUUUAACAGCUCAACUCUGCAAGCGAGAUGCUACAAACGCACCGAUGGGUUGUGCUGAACUUUGGUUUUAGGGGAUCCCUCCACCUGCCGCUGAGAUUUCUUUUAAUGUAAAAUACUUUUGUGUAGACUAGAAAAUAAAACUGUGACCAGUCUAGCCUUAUACUGUAAAUGGCCCACAAUCAGCUACUAGAGGUGUUUUAGAGGCACAUUGGUGAUUUAAGUGUUACAUGUGUGUUGUAUCCAAGCAGGAAGGCAUCCUUUCCUGUUUUUUUUACUGGAGUUAGGAGUGACAGGAUAAAAGUGAAGGUUUUCUGUUCUGAGUAACCACUAACACGGCUCGUACAUGUUCUUUAUCGUGUUUCGUUCUCUAGCCUGAAAGGCUCAGCGUUGCUGUCGCAGUUCUGCUAAAGCUUGCAAAAAAAAAUAAUAAUAAAAAAUUUGCUGACUGAGGCUCAGAGCGACCUCUUGGGAUGAGGGGGCUGUUGGUUUUUGAGCUGAGAGGUCACACGUAGGACCUUCUGCAGCAUAUGCUCCUUGUCCUUGUGCCCUUCGCCAUUGCAGAGAUCAGAACCGUGAGGAUGAGGUCAUUGCUAAUGGCAGACAGGGUCAAGGGUCAUUAUUGAGUCAGAAGGGGUUUCCCACAGCUGUCCAAACAGGAGAUUGCAACAGAACAUGAAUUAAAAUGCAACAUCUGGGUUUUUUAUAGCUUUAAUAAGCAUUUACAGUAGCCGUCACCUUUGUCAGAUUCUGACAAACACGAACUAGUAAAAACUAAAAGAGCUUUGAGCUGUCAUUAUGGAUAUUAAAGAAAAUAUAACUGUGAAACAGUUUUUUACUUGUUAUCUUUGAAAUAUCAGAGUCACUCUGAGUUUCACAUGCGGGCUAAACAUGAAAGUAGUCUUCUACCCCAGUUUCCUGCAUUCGUUUCUGAGAGAAAAGAGACGCUCUGUUUAGAAAAGCCUGCCAUCAUGUCAUAAUAUAGCAUUCAUGGACUCGCCCAUCUUGUGAUGGGGAAGGCUGUUGUUGGUUUAGCGUCCAGGGAACAGCUGAGGAUGUCUCAGCUAGUAGAAGCUAACCAUUAGCAUUAGCAACCCCACCACAUGGCAGAACUCCUCCAGGCUUGAGUUAUUGCAGAGCAAAUGGAGUGCAUGGUAAAGUUACGUUGCUGUUAUCCAAUCAGAGGUGGGAUAUCCAAAUAUCAGGAAAUAAGACUCCAACACCUGCCGUCUGAAGCUCAACUCUGAUCUGGCUCACUUGCAGUUCCUGAAACAGGAGCACCAGAGCUUUUCCCCCACAGAGAUCAACUCACGAGGCAGUAAUUUGUACUGGAGACCAUUACAAAUGUGUUUAAAAAAACAGUGAACAUAAAUUCUUAAACAUCACUUAUUUGCUUUAGGACUUACCUUUUUCUUUUUUCUGUUUUAAAUCUGAAAGCAGAAGUCAAUCCUUCUUGGUAAUUUUUUUACUUUUAAUUUUAUUUAGAUUUUAUUUUCAUUCAGAAGCAUGCUCAUCCUGCUCCCAACGCCAUGGCCUUCAGGGCGCCUUCAUGAUGAGCACUGAUUGGCUGCGGAGCAGUCUAACCUCUAGCAUGAGUGCAUGCUGAGAACUGUGGGUAAUUGGGAUAUAUUUGUUUUGUUUUGUUUUCUAUUAACAGACAGGAGAGAAAAGUGAGACAGAAUCUGACACUUUAUCAGUUAAACGAUGCUGAACCAUGUUAACUUCGUCAUGCGUGAAGCGGGGGGGCCUCUGAUUAAUGUUAGGCGCUAUUAUACAUUUGCCCCCAUCUACUUACAGUAUUCAUGUGAAAAGAUAAUAUAAAGCUCUCUGUCUUAUAUUAGCAUAAAUGAGUAGUGGCGCUGGUGCAAUCGCUCUUGGUCAUGCUAUAAAUAUAUAAAAAACUAAACGUAAUGGCUCACUUCCUGUGUGCUACUUUGAUGUGAAUCAGACAACUUUGAAACGACGAAACAUGGCGCAGUAGGACGCAGUCACUUCUCUCUAUGGUGUAACUUCAGCUUGCUCACAGCCUUUAGAAAAAGUAUUGUUGGAAUUUUUUUGUCUCUGAUGUUUUUUAAAUCACCUCAGUUGCCACCUUGAACGUUACGUAUCUUUGAUCAUGUGCCGUGGUCACUCGCAUCGAUAUUAAGAAGAGUAUAUCUUUGUUAUCUGGAGUAUGUCCACGUUCCUACUGUUCCUGACAUCUGUACAAUUUGUAUAUUAUAAAAUGAUUUAUAUUUAAUGUC